UAUAACCUUUUUACAGUUUUUCUUUCUAUGACUUUUACGAGUGCGAGUGCGAGCCGUGGCGAAGUGUAUGUACGUUUCACGGAUCUACGGCUAGACAUGGUCACAGCGGUGGCUAUCAUAACCCAAGAAAUCAACAUUACGCAAAUGAUACGUGGCCCUGCGUCCGUGAAUUCAUAAUUAUCCUUAGUGCGCCCGUCAGCGUCGAGUCGCUGCGAGUUGCGCUACAAGAAUGCAUCCGUCGAGUGUCGUCAUCGGUACGCUGCUCUGCGUGACGUCCCUCGUCUGCGGGAGCGAGCUCGAGUACGACGGCUGGCUGCAGUUGAGGUUAUGGCACGCGUUCAACGAUGACCCGGUGCCCGUGUUCACGGAACGGGGCAACGUCACGGUGUCCAGCGUUCGCAGCGGAGCGUCCGUCGUCGGGCAGAAUGGCCUGCUACCGGCCCAGAUAAACGGCCUGAAGAAUCUUGCCGAACACGACGGCAAGUACAGGCUGAAGGCGCUGGCUCGCACCUCCUCGGGCAGCGAAAUUGUGUUCCUCACCUCGGUGCCAGCGUGCUAUCUGCUUGGUUCGGACCUAGAAGAUGUCAUAACAAUAUGGUUGGACAGUACAGCAGAGCCGAUAGCUGUGAGCAUCUCAUCCUCGGGACCCUGUAUGUUAGAUAAUCCCUUCACAAAUAUGUGGACCACUAAUGUCGCGGUUAGAUAUCCAGAUGGUGGUCCAAUUCCAGACACCGCUACGUAUAUUCAGAAACUUGAACGAGAACGAGAAGCAAGGGAAAGAGGAGAAACUAAAGAUAAUCGUUCAUUCCUUGCGAAAUACUGGAUGUACAUUGUUCCCUUCUUAAUUUUUUUGCUGCUGUCAUCCGCGACGAAUCCAGAAGGUGGUGGAAGUGCACAAAGACAAUGAUCUUUUAAUGAAAAUUUGUGCCUGUGUGUGCAUUGUACUCCGAAGAGGUUUUUUUGCAGAAAUUGUCCAAAUUUAUAGUAUAAUUUAAUUAUAAUGUGAUAGAAGUAAUAUUAAUGAUUAUUAUAAAUAUAAUAAUAAUAAUAAGUAAAAUUGAGACCGACAAUGUGAAUAACAAAUAAACAAAAAAGAAUGCCAUUUUUUUAUUAAAAUGAAUUUUGAUGUCUAAUAAUAUUUUUGCGUGAAUUUUAUAAUUUCAGGCUGUAUCAACUGCGUUUCAAUUUUUUUAUUGAUUUUGAAACGAUUAAUAUACUCGUUAGUUAUUGCGAUAAAUGUCAUCAUAUAUUUCAUUGUCAGUGGUUGAAUUGGAAAAAAAUACAAAAUCUAGGGAGAUCCAGGUUUGAACAUUGACUGAUAUUUUUUGCAAUAAGUUCUUUAAUGUUUUAAGAUACUUAUUUAGCAUUAUUAAGUUGUUUGUCAAUUUAAUUUGUGAUAUUACAGGUACACAGUUUUAGUUUAGAAUUGUGUUUCAAAAUUGAUAAACAAUUAGCGCGUUGUUUUCACAAACUAAAAAUGGUAAAAUUCAAGUAACAAUAUUGUUCAUUAAAAUCUGCUUUGAUGGAAAAAUGACAUUCUUCUUUGCUUGUUUGUGUUAUAAAUAUUAUACAUAAUAUAAUUACUUUUCUGCUAAAAUAAAUACAAUUACUAAAUUGGACA